CAGAUACGUUUGACUUGUACCGAAGGCUCUUUAAAAGUGCUUUCACGUGAGUCAGAACAUUGUAUGCAUGUUUUUCCAAAAAACAGAAGAUAUUUUUUUCGGACGCGGUUAAACGUAUACUAAAAUGGUGUUUGUAAAUAUGUGGAGCAGCGCAUGAUAGAGCACUCCUCCGCGCAUGCGCAGUGCGACGCUGUACGAUCCCCCAGUGCUUAAAGCUGUGUGGUGCGUUUGUUGUGUCUGGUGCCUCUCGAUCGACUUGCAGCUCCACAGUUCUUUGCCGUGACGUUGUCAGAAUGGCUCUGAUCUCCAUCGAGGACCUCGACGGACUGGAUGACGAGCAGCUGGACGAUGACAUCACCGACAGCUCCGAACCAAUGGACGAGGAGGAGCAGGACCGAAUGUACGCCCACUGGCAGGCGGUGGGAAGGACACACCAGGUGUCUGUUCCCAGAGAGAUGAGAGGACCCAUUGAGGAGAUGACGAGGAGGAACCAGAGCUCAGAACGAGAGCAAGUGCCUUUUGUCACCAUCUCCAGACACGAGAAGCUUGGCGAGGUCUUGUACGAGGAGAGAGUGUAUCCUCCAGGAAAAUGGGCCUGUGUCAAUAAAGCAGACGUGCUUUAUGAGCAGAGCAUCUCCAAUGCUUUUAUGAAACUCAUGCGCUUCAUCUGCAAGGAGAAUUCAACAGGACGGUACCUUGGCAUGUCCGUACCCAUCGUGAAUGAGAUUACGAUGGCAGACGACGGCACUAACUUCAUGAAGGACGUAUUGACGGCGUAUUAUCUGCCCGCUGAGUUCCAGGCCAGACCACCUGAAUCAACCGAUCCUGAUAUUAGGAUCAUUCACAGGGACGCGGUCCGGGUCAUAACCAGGGUGUUUUAUGGCACCACAACGGAGGAGACCAUCUCUCGUCAGAUCAGCAACCUUUGGGAGCUGCUGGGCAACUCUGAGGAUGUUCUCCAAGACCGCUACAUGGUAGCCGUGUAUGAGAAUCCCGGAGUGCCCCAGCGCAGAAAUGAGAUCUGGUUCAUUCGGCGUGGCUCGUAAACGUUUCACAGUUUGCCUGUUAAGCCAGUGGGAAAGUUUGAGUAGCUAAAUGUCUCGAAAUGAAGGGGCGAAGUACGUCACAAUCAAAACCCAUUUAUCCUUUUGUAUUGUUGUGAAGCGCGAUGCAGAACGCAGUCGUUUCUAAUCAGUUAGUAAAGAAACUACAUCUUAUUACACGGUAGAUACAGAUUACACAUUAACACUGUAUAUAGCCUGCUGUUGACUUCAGGGUCAACACGUAGAAGAGAUAUCAGUGGGUGACCUGGCAUUAUUUUUUUAACUCUUAAUAGUAUGGGGAUGAUUCAUUACGCUUCCUGUGUUUUCUGCUUGAUUUUUUAAAUAUUAUACACUACUUGAAUUCACUUUCAUUGUUCUUGUUUUAGUGCAGAAAAUAGUUUUUGCUAGGUUUUCCAUUGUGCCCUAACGUGGUGUCGGCAAAGACUCGGAUAUUAUGAUAUUCACAACUGUGAACCGUAAAUCCUUCAAUGUUGGCAAUUUUAGUUCGUUGUUUGCUUUUAGAUGUUGAUAACAGGUUCAGUUUUGAGAUUUGCAGAUGGUAUUAAGAUUCGAUACUUAUAUAUUUAGUUAUUGCAAUUUUAAGUAGUCAAUUUUGUGUUGGAAAAUUGUUGUAAAGUAAAAUAUUUUUUGUACUUUGUGUAACAGACUAUCAAACCAUUUAUCAGACAAUCAUCAGCAAGAGUUUUUCUAUCUCUAAAACUCAGACUCUUCUACAUUUUUAUCUUAUGGGCCACUUAAAUUUAUUAGAUAUUAUUAGUGUAUUCCGGUGUAAUUUGCCACAAAUAUGGCAUUAGUAUGUUUUUUUUUUUUUUUUACGGGUAUGCUUGUUGAUCUCUUUUCUUACGAAGGGUCUGCAAGUCUAGUAUAUCUAAAAACAGCUUUUCUCCAAAUGAAUGGGACCACCUGGCAAAAUAUCCCUUUGCAGCAGUAUUGUAUCUGAGCACUAUUGGUCUCGAGGAUGUAACUGCAUAAUUUUCAGUGUGUUUUUGUUGUUGUGUUUUAUGUUAUAUUGUACAAACGUAUGUAAAACAUUAGCGCAACUCUUCAAAGCACUGAUUUGACAUUGGAUUCCUUGCUUUUGUGAAAUUGUUGGCUUAGGUUGUACUUUUAAUUGAUGUUUGCCUUGUCAAAGUAUUUUAAAACUUGCACACUCACCCUCAAGUCUGUAAUUAUACUAAUAAACUUUAUUUAAAAAAAAAAACAUGCAUAUAAACAAUAGAUUAUCAUGCUUUGCAAAGAAAUGAAAACGUUUGAUUAAUGUAUACAAAUAAAAAUAAGUUUAAUUAAA